AUGCUUAAUUUCAAGCUGUUUCUAUCAGAGCUUGAGCACUACUCUGUGGAUUCUGAAGACAGUGAAACGGUUGCCAUGAUCAAGGAACUCCUGGAUACCAGAAUCAGGCCCACAGUACAAGAAGAUGGAGGGGACAUUGUUUUUGUGGAAUUUGAUGAAAAAAGUGGGGUUGUGAAGCUCAAAAUGCAAGGCUCCUGCACAAGCUGCCCUAGCUCUGUAGUCACUCUGAAACAUGGAGUACAGAAUAUGCUGCAGUUUUAUGUUCCUGAAGUUAAAGAAGUUGUUCAGGUGGAGGAUGAGGUAGAUGAAAUUUCACAAAAAGAAUUUGAUGAGUUUGAAAGGAACAACAUGAACUGGAGGGAUUAAAUAAGGGUGCUAAACAGUGCAGUGCAUUCAUAAUGGCCAAGCAUUGCAAGGGAGUUGGAUGACAUGGCCACUGUAGGCAUUGCUGUGCACGGGAGGAUUCUCUCUGCACAAUUAAAAUGGCACUAUUAUUUUUCUUCUUUUUUGAGAUCAAAUUAUGAAACGCCCUAUAAUCGUUUGGUCAAAUUUUGUGUGCCCUUCUGUAGCACUAUUAUAAUGCUUGAUGUUAAUUUUGUUCAAUUACAACGGUGUUUAAUGAAAAUCAAUACUUAUAGUUCUUGAUGAUUGACAUCAUAUAUUUGGCAACAUAAAAAUUACUAAACCAGUCUUUUUGUUGAAAAGUGGCAAAGGUUUAUCUGUCAAAACCAUGCUCACAACAUUACAAAAGUAUUUUCUUGUCAUGAAAAUUGGACCAGUUCAUAAACUGUAGUGAUAGUGGAUGACAGUGAUUGCCUGUCAGUUUUAAUAUUGCACUUUACUAACAUGUUAAGUCAUAUGCCCCCAAGACAGUAUUUUAAAUAAUUCAUGCUUACCAUUACUCUUUAGCUGACACUGCCUUUGGUGGGUUUUUUAUUUUAUUCAGUCCAUGUCAAGGAUGAAGAAUCAAAUAUAGUUACACAAAAUUGUGGCAAUAUACAAUUGUAACAACACACAGACUUUUUGAGUGAUGGAAUGAGGAGUCUUGAUGCUGUUAAAAUGCAUUAACUUAAUGAACUCUUCAUGAUGAAACAUGUUCUGUCACAGAUUUCAUUAUUUCAGAUUUGGCCAUAAUGUUUUCUUACAUAAAUUGCCAGUUUAAAAACACAUUGAGGUCAGAUGAAAAUUUAGAUUAGUAUGCCUGAUCUGAAUAGGCUAUGCUUAACUGUAUGAACAGUUUUAAAGCAUUGUGCUUGUGGCAAAUCAAGAAAAUCAGAAUCAGUUUUGGCCAGUUUUUGUUGAAGGUUACAUGACUGCAUUUUGUGGUUUUAUGCCUAGCAUUUAAAGAAACAAUAAAAAAGAAAGGACA